UCUGAGUGACCUGACUUGAGUGUGUCUUGGCUGAACUUGUGAGUCCAUUGCAGAUCACUACUUUGCUGUAUCAUCAAUUGAGGCAGAGGAAAUUCUGCGAAUUUUUUUCCCUUUAUCAUUCCUUAAAGCACAAUUUAAACAAGAGUCUAGUGUGACAUAUUAUCGAAAGAUCUAGUGGAGCGUCGUCCAAUAAAGGCCAAGUAAGCGACAGAGGGAAUAAGACUUUGGCUACAAUAGCAAUAUCAAUGGCAACGGAUAAUCAAACGUUGGUAAACUCAAGUUCUGGGAUUCCACCACGGGAGGGCGUGACAACAGCAGUUGAAUUCACGAGUGAUCGUAUCUUAACCAUUCUCACGUUGAGCCUCUUCAUUCCCUGUAUCAUAGCUGGAAAUAGCUUGGUCAUUGCCGCCGUUCUUCGAUUUCGUCCACUUCGAACCGUAACCAACGUUUUUGUCACAUCGCUUGCCGUGACCGAUGCUCUCGUGGGCAUGCUAUGCCUGCCUAUUUACAUGGCGUACAUGAUCAAAGGACACGUUUGGUUUCAUUUCAACCAUCCAGAUCUACAACAAGCAUGGAAAGGCAUCGAUCAAAUAACUGGAGUGACAUUGAUUGUGCACCUCAUGGGGAUCAGCAUCGAUCGUUACACCUGCAUCCAUUAUCCAUUCACGUAUCGCAAAAUCAUGUCGUCAAGAAAGAGUGGGAUUAUGAUUGCGUUUGGCUGGGUGUAUGGUAUCCUUUUCUACGCCUUGAGGUUCAUUUCGAGCCUGGAUCCGACAACAAGAACUCUCGUGGUUACCGUCUUGGGAUACCUGGUUCCGUUGUGCGUAACCAUAGCAGCAUACGUCAGCAUAGCACGCGUGGCGGGAAAACAAGUUCGCCGGAUUAAAGGACUUCAGAAUCACAACAAAAGCACUCUUGCAUCUUUCAUCAAGGAAGUGAAGGCCGCGGGAGUUCUAGCUGGUGUAGUGUGCGCGUUCAUCUUGUGUUGGUCCGGGACGUUUAUCAUGAACUUGAAGUUCGCCAUUUGUCGUCGUUGCUCGGGCUGCGACUGCGCAUUACCGACGUUUAAGGUGAUCAACGCAGUAAAGAUGCUACAGUACAGCAGUAGCUUGCUGGACCCGUUAAUAUACGCAUCGUUGAAUAAAGAUUUUCGCAAAGCUAUCAAGAAGAUCGUGUGCGGGCGAUCUCGAAGCAGCGGCCGGUUAAUGAGCGGUACAAGCAGCGUAAACACACGAAGCAUGAGGUUUACCCAGGAUUCUGCCAGUUAUGAAGAAAUGAAGAUGCAGGAAAAAACUAGCUAAUGUUGAAUUUAGUUCCGCUUAAGCCCCAGUAAGAUAGAUAAUAAGUUAUGCACUUGUUAAAUAACUUGAAUUCACUCUUCAUUCUAGAACUAAAUAGAGCAUUUGACGGUAAAACGUAAAGUAUUUAGUCUUGUUCAACUAACGUUUAAA